UCUCCCUCGGUGCUCGCCUUCCCUGCCGCUGUCGCGUCGGAAUCCAGUUACUUUCCCUAUGCUCCGGUGCCAUUGCCAGUCGCCGCCGUGGGUCGUGCUGAGAGUGGUCAGGUGGCUGUCGCGGAUAGCCCCGCCGUCUCCGGCGACGGCCGAGCCGGUCAUCCGCGUCUCUAAUAACGUCGCCCGUCUCGGCAAACCCAAGGAGGGCCCGAAGCCGCGGCAGCUGCUAUCCCUCCCUCCAUUCCCCUCGACUGGCACCGACCCUCUCCCUGGCCGGAAGAAAGAUCCGGCUGCUAGCGGCCAGCCGCGCCGGGUCACCGCCAUCAGCUGGGUCAAGCACUACUUCGCGGAUAUCCCGCCGGAAGUCAUCCAGAGCCACUUCAACAAGGGCUUGGUGCAUGUUGAAAGUUCAAAUCAUGACUUUCAAACCGAGGAAAAUUAUUUAAUGCACUGUUUAAAAAAGAUUAAGCAUAAUCAUAUAAUGGAGCCCGGCAUGAAGAUUCAUCUUCCUGUAUCAGCUGCAGAGACCAAGAUCAUUAAGAGAUAUGACACUAUACCAACUGCAACUUUGCAUCCCAAUGCUGAUGAAAUAGAAUACAUAAGAAGACUUGUUAUUCACAAGGAUUCAGCUAUCAUUGUGCUAAAUAAGCCCCCUAAAGUGCCCAUGAAGGGAAACUUACCAGUUCACAAUAGCAUGGACAUCUUGGCAGCAGCAGCAUUAUCAUAUGGCAGUGAUCAGGGUCCUAAGUUGGUGCAUCGACUUGACAGAGAGAGCAGUGGCUUGCUAUUAUUGGGGAGGACAAAAGAGAGCCUCACUCGUCUUCACUGGCUUUUCACUAAUGUUAAUCUAGCAAAAUCAUCUUCUGAGAUAUGGAAUAAUGCUUGUGAGGCAACAACCCAAAGGUACUGGGCCUUGGUCAUAGGCUCUCCUAAAGAAAGGGAAGGCAUUAUUUCUGCUCCACUUACGAAGGUGCUUCUAAACAAUGGGAAAGCAGAAAGAAUAAUUCUGGCCCAUCCUUCAGGGAUAGAUGGUUCUCAAGAUGCCAUAACUGAGUAUAGGGUGAUGGGACCCACGAUCAACGGAUGCUCAUGGGUUGAGUUGCGCCCGCUUACUGGUCGCAAGCAUCAGCUCCGAGUCCACUGUGCCGAAGCACUGGGCACUCCCAUUGUCGGAGACUACAAGUACGGUUGGUUUGUGCACCAGAGAUGGAAACAAAUGCCUCGGGUGGACUACGAGACAUUAAGUGGAAAACCAUACAAGCUGCGGAGACCAGAAGGUUUAGACGUUCAAAAGGGCAGUGUCCUGUCGAAAGUCCCAUUACUGCACCUCCACUGCAGAGAAAUGGUAAUCCCCAACAUUUCCAAGUUUCUUGGCAGUUCAGGUGAAUGGCUCGUUGAAUGCAAUCCGGGGUCCACCAGUAAGCCUGAUCUUCUCCGAAUUGUUGCACCGAUGCCUUCUCACAUGAAAAUAAGUUGGAAUGUUAUGUCAUCAUUCUUAGUUUAGUGUGUGGAUUAGGGUUGUGUUAAAUAUCUCUUCUCUUUUAAUUUUUGUUGUAUUCCCCCUUCAUCAGCAAACCACAUAUGAAUUCUCAUUCUUCACUGUUCUCUGCCCGCUUUAUUCUCAUGUUUGGUUCAAGAUUGGUAUUGCUCAGGUUAUGCUGCCUGGUUGUUCCUCGGGCUUUAUGGUCCAAUGGACUAUUAACUCUAUUAAGAGCAGACAAUUGACAGAACUUUUUCUUUCA